GGCGCGUCCCCUCCCGACCGCCCCCGCCUCCCGCGCGCGCCCGCUCGCGCCCUCCCCGCUCGCCUCGCGUCCUCCCCCACCUUCGCGGCGCUGGGAGGAAGGCGCCCGGCUCAAGAUGGCUUUAGUCGGGCUCUGCGCCCUGCUCGCCUGCUGCUGGGGGCCGGCGGUGGUGCUGGCCACGGCAGCGGGCGACGCGGAUCCCUCCAAGGAGCUGGAGUGCAAGCUCAAAAGCAUCACGGUGUCGGCGCUGCCCUUCCUGCGCGAGAACGACCUGAGCAUCAUGCACAGCCCCUCGGCCUCUGAGCCCAAGCUCCUCUUCUCGGUGCGCAACGACUUCCCGGGAGAAAUGGUCGUGGUGGACGACCUGGAGAACACGGAGCUGCCCUACUUCGUGCUGGAGAUCUCAGGGAACACAGAGGACAUCCCUCUGGUGCGCUGGAGGCAGCAGUGGCUGGAGAAUGGCACUUUGCUUUUUCAUAUCCAUCACCAAGAUGGUGCCCCAACCCUUCCUGGACAAGACCCAACCGAAGAACCCCAGCACGAGUCAGCAGAGGAGGAGCUGAGGAUCCUGCACAUCUCGGUCAUGGGUGGCAUGAUCGCGCUGCUGCUGUCCAUCUUAUGCCUGGUAAUGAUCCUGUACACUCGCCGCCGCUGGUGUAAACGCCGCCGGGUCCCCCAGCCCCAGAAGAGUGCCAGUGCUGAGGCGGCCAAUGAGAUCCACUACAUCCCCUCUGUGCUGAUUGGCGGGCAUGGGCGGGAGAGUCUGCGCAAUGCCCGUGUGCAGGGCCACAACUCCAGUGGCACCCUGAGCAUCCGGGAGACACCUAUCCUGGAUGGCUAUGAGUAUGACAUCACCGACCUGCGCCACCACCUGCAGAGGGAGUGCAUGAAUGGAGGGGAAGACUUUGCCAGCCAGGUCACCCGCACCCUCGACUCCCUGCAGGGCUGCAAUGAGAAGGCUGGCAUGGACCUCACACCAGGGAGUGACAAUGCCAAGCUGUCGCUGAUGAACAAGUACAAAGAUAACAUCAUCGCCACCAGCCCUGUGGACUCCAACCACCAGCAGGCCACACUGCUCUCGCACACCUCCAGCAGCCAGAGGAAGCGGAUCAACAACAAGGCGCGAGCUGGUUCCGCCUUCCUGAAUCCUGAAGGGGAUUCUGGCACAGAGACAGAAAAUGACCCCCAGCUGACCUUCUACACUGACCCCUCACGUAGCCGGAGACGCAGUCGAGUGGGCUCUCCCCGAAGUCCUGUGAAUAAGACCACCCUGAUGUUGAUCAGCAUCAGCAGCUGUGUGAUCGGCCUGGUGUGCUCCUCCCAUGUCAGCUGCCCGCUCGUUGUCAAAAUCACCCUGCAUGUCCCUGAGCACCUAAUCGCUGAUGGGAGCCGAUUCAUCUUGCUGGAAGGGAGCCAGCUGGAUGCUAGUGACUGGCUGAACCCUGCCCAGGUGGUUCUCUUCUCUCAACAGAACUCCAGUGGGCCGUGGGCCAUGGACCUCUGUGCCCGACGGCUCCUGGACCCCUGUGAACACCAAUGUGACCCCGAAACUGGGGAAUGCCUCUGCUACGAGGGUUACAUGAAGGAUCCAGUACACAAGCACCUUUGCAUUCGGAAUGAAUGGGGGACCAACCAGGGGCCUUGGCCUUACACAAUAUUUCAGCGAGGCUUUGACCUGGUUUUGGGAGAGCAACCUUCUGAUAAAAUAUUCAGAUUCACCUACACCCUGGGCGAGGGCAUGUGGCUGCCCCUCAGCAAGAGCUUUGUGAUCCCACCAGCCGAACUGGCCAUCAACCCAUCAGCAAAGUGUAAGACGGACAUGACAGUGAUGGAAGAUGCAGUGGAGGUCAGAGAGGAACUGAUGACCUCGUCCUCCUUCGACAGCUUGGAGGUGCUCCUUGACUCCUUCGGGCCAGUGCGGGACUGCAGCAAGGACAAUGGGGGCUGCAGUAAGAACUUCCGUUGCAUCUCAGAUCGCAAGCUGGACUCUACUGGUUGUGUGUGCCCUUCCGGACUCAGCCCCAUGAAGGACAGUUCUGGCUGCUAUGACCGCCACAUUGGGGUGGACUGCUCCGACGGCUUCAAUGGCGGCUGUGAGCAGCUGUGUCUCCAGCAGGUGGCACCCUUCCAGGACGACCCCACCUUGUACAACAUCCUCAUGUUCUGUGGGUGCAUUGAGGAUUACAAACUGGGUGUGGAUGGACGCUCUUGCCAACUUGUCUCGGAGACCUGCCCAGAGGGAGGCGACUGUGGGGAAAGCAGGGAGCUUCCCAUGAACCAGACACUCUUUGGGGAGAUGUUCUUCGGUUACAACAACCAUUCCAAGGAAGUGGCUUCUGGACAAGUGCUGAAAGGAACAUUCAGGCAAAACAACUUUGCUCGAGGUUUAGACCAGCAGCUGCCAGAUGGUCUUGUGGUGGCCACUGUCCCCCUGGAGAACCAGUGCCUGGAGGAAAUCUCAGAGCCCACCCCUGACCCGGACUUUCUGACUGGGAUGGUGAACUUCAGCGAGGUGUCUGGCUACCCCGUGCUGCAGCACUGGAAGGUCCGGUCUGUGAUGUACCACAUCAAACUCAACCAAGCGACCAUCUCUCAGGCCCUCAGCAAUGCUCUCCACUCCCUCGAUGGGGCGACAUCCCGUGGGGAUUUUGUGGCCUUGUUGGACCAGUUUGGCAACCACUACAUCCAGGAAGCUAUCUAUGGCUUUGAGGAGUCCUGCUCUAUCUGGUACCCAAACAAGCAGGUCCAGCGGCGACUCUGGCUGGAAUAUGAAGACAUUAGCAAAGGCAACUCCCCAUCUGACGAGUCAGAGGAGCGGGAAAGAGACCCCAAGGUGCUAACGUUCCCAGAAUACAUCACCAGCCUGUCGGAGUCCGGCACCAAGCGCGUGGCAGCUGGAGUCCGUAUGGAGUGCCAGAGCAAGGGACGGUGCCCCUCGUCCUGCCCCUUGUGCCAUGUGACAUCCAGCCCUGACACCCCUGCCGAGCCGGUUCUGCUGGAGGUGACCAGAGCAGCCCCCAUCUAUGAACUGGUGCCCAAUAACCAGACCCAGCGGAUGCUCAGGGAAAAAGCAGGGACCCAAAGGGAUGAGCUGCGGCUGUCCACGGUGCACGAGCCCAGCAGCACCCUUGUGGUUCUGGAGUGGGAACACUCAGAGCCUCCCAUCGGGGUACAGAUUGUAGAUUACCUCAUCCGUCAAGAGAAGGUCACCGACAGGAUGGACCACUCCAAAGUGGAGACUGAAACGGUGCUGAGCUUUGUGGAUGACAUCAUCUCCGGAGCAAAGUCUCCUUGCGCCAUGCCCUCUCAGGUGCCAGACAAGCAGCUCACCACCAUCUCGCUCAUCAUCCGAUGCCUGGAACCCGACACCAUCUACAUGUUCACCCUGUGGGGUGUGGACAACACAGGACGACGCUCCAGGCCCAGUGACGUGAUCGUGAAGACCCCCUGCCCUGUGGUGGAUGAUGUCAAAGCCCAAGAAAUAGCAGACAAGAUCUACAAUCUCUUCAAUGGCUACACCAGCGGGAAGGAACAGCAGACGGCCUACAACACCCUCCUGGACCUGGGCUCCCCCACCCUUCACCGAGUCCUUUACCACUACAACCAGCACUACGAGAGUUUUGGAGAGUUCACCUGGAGGUGUGAGGAUGAAUUGGGACCCAGGAAAGCUGGCCUCAUCCUUUCCCAGCUUGGGGACCUCAGCAGCUGGUGCAACGGACUCCUGCAGGAACCCAAGAUAAGCUUGCGGCGUGGCUCCCUCCGGUAUCUGGGCUGCCGCUACAGCGAGAUCAAGCCCUAUGGACUUGACUGGUCAGCGCUGAGCCAGGACCUCAGGAAGACGUGUGAGGAGCAGACCCUUAGCGUCCCCUACAACGAUUACGGAGACAGCAAAGACAUCUAGCACCAUGAAGCCAGAGAGAAGCAGGAGAGAGGAGGACAUCUGGGUAGGUUUGUGGGUUUUUAGUAUUUUUUAAUGGAACAUUAAAACCUCCACAGGUGACAUCUAACCCAGGGAGAAACCGACCCUUGCUGCCUGCAGGAUUUCUUCACUAUGUUCUCCAUCUGCAUGACCAGGACACAACCUGCCAGCCAGCGGCCUCAUGCAGCGCCAUUUCAAGUUUAGGGGAUUUCUUUGGGGCUUGUUUUGCAAUUGAUUUGAUUUUUCACCCAUGGGGUUCAUCCAGGAAGGGCCAGUACCACCAUCAGUGUUUAGUGAACUGAAGUAAUUACCCAUCACAAAAAACUUCUGCCCCCCCUCCCCCACCUCGUCCAUACCACAAUCAUUAUGUUGUUGCUAGUAGCUUUGCAAAUCAUUUCUCUGGACAUACAUAGGAGAGAGGCAUCUUCUUCCCCCACCUGGUUGCCAGGAGGGCACCUGAGUGUUGGCAACAGUGGGGGCCUAGCCUUUCAGAAGGAACUUUGCAGGUGGACCAGUGACGGCCUCAGCUGUCCUCACACACUCAGCUACCCUGCCCUUGACCAGGGUCCUCGUUUAGAAACAUGAAAGGUCAUGGAGAAGAUGUAAGGCCAGCCACAGAGCGGUGCUGACCUUUUCUAAACAGUAAUAACAGACCACAUUCACUGAGGGAGUACUAGAUGCCAGACGUUGCUCUCGGUACUUUACAUGUCACCAAAUUCUCACAACAGGCCCCCUCCCCCCCAGUGUUAUUCUGAGCUCCUUUUCAGUAAUGAGGAAACUGAGGCAAAGAGAGGGUACGCACCUUGUCCCAAAUACCGCCUCUGGUCUGUCUGGAUGGCAGUGUGAGUUCAGGCUGGCACGUUCCAGAGCAAGGCGCUUACCCCGCCAGCGUUGUGCUCAGUGUUGUCUGGGCAGUAGCUGUGAAAUCCAGGGGUUCUGGCCCAGAGAGCCUCCCCCUUUCCCACUCCUUGAGGUGUAGAUGCGCCCACCAUGGGCAGGCAGGGGAGCCCAAUGCACCCUUAACUCUGUAGCUAGAACACCUUUGGGACCACAGGGUCCCCACCCAUGCUGGGAGUGAAGACUGGGCUAUGGCUGCGACCUCAGGUCGCUCUCAUCCACCCCCCCUCCUCAAGAUCCACAGGUUCAUAGCACACAAUGGACUGUACCUGCCUCAGAGACCCCCGGCCCAGAGCAAAGGCCUGCAGGAAACUCGGCCAUCCAAAGCAGGGCUCAGCUAAGACGCCUCAGGGGAAAGUUUCUCACCAGGAGGAAGAUGCCUGGGCAGUGGGUCACCAACCAAUGGGGUGGCGAGGGAAGGCCACCUUCGCAGCUGCCACUGCGUUCUGUCCUUUAUUCAAGUUUGAGCAGAAAACCAGGUCCACGCAGCAGCAGCGGGAGGCUCCAAGGCUGUCCCUAGCGGUGGGCAAGGUAAGGGCAGGGAGUGACACCCAGCUUGUUUAUUAAUCUUUGCUCUCCCUGUCUGGGACCCAUCCUUCUUCUCCCUUCCUUCCCCAGGAUUCUCUUCCUCCUUGUGUCCCCCUCGCUGCACCAGGCAUGUGCACACACAUAUACACCCACCCACACUACACUUAUGCAUACAUCCCCACCCCCCACCCCCGCUCCCCCAUAGCUGGGAUCCAUCUACUUUCACGUUAAAAGUAAGGACUUGAGUGGAGGGUUUGUGCCCUAGAGAGACACGUCGAUCACACCCUGAUGACAUUCCCCAAAGCGUGUCUGGAGGGAACUCACCUGCCUAGAGAGGGUGAUGGUCCUGGGCCAGUAUUCAGCCUCUAGUUUCCAAGCUGCCAAACAAGUCUUAAGGGAGUUGGUCCUGCCCACCAACACUCACCCAGCCUGGUGUCCCCACGAAUGGACACCGUGAGAGCUGAAACCUUUCCGAGUGUGCAGUCAUUUCCUACCGAAUUUGGUCUGUUAUUUUUAGUUAACCGCAUUUCUUGAUAUUCAAAUGUUCUAUUAAAAAAAUGAGUGUGAAAACCCCCUACUUUACUACUGUAGAAGGAAGAAAGAAUAUGAUUGACCCACUUCAGGUAUAGCAGUAUUGUUUAAAAGAGAAUUAUUGUACGAUUACUAAAAAUGGAACUAAAUAAUAAAGCUGUUAGUAAGUGUC